AUGGAUAUCACCAUCAUGAACGAGCUUCACAGAGAGAAAGAAGCUUCAGAGACUUCCACUACUGCUCAAUCAAGUGACCGUUCAAUGGUUUGGACUAUAUGUCCUUUCUGUAGCGUCAGGUACAAAUCCUACAUAAGCCUUCUCAACAAACCCACACGAUGUCAAUCUUGCUACUUGAAGUUCCUUGCUAGCGAGUCUCUUGUCAAAGGCACUACGACAAGGGAUAAAGCAACUCAGACAAGCUUGUCUACCAUAGAGAAAAGUAUGUGCAGUCAAAACCAUAUUACUAGGAGCAAUGUGGUUGCACCGACACCGAAGAGCCAGGUUCAGCCUCAGACUGCAACAUCUAGUCUCAGUCCAAGACUUUGUGCUAUGUGUCCAUUUUGUAAGCUCAAGUAUCGUUUCCCGAUCAAAUGGACCAACAAAUGGUUCGUUUGUAAGUGCAAGAAGAAGUUCAAAACGGUUGAAGUGAGUUCCUCCUCGCCCCAACAGAAGGCAGCUACGAGUAAGAUUCAAGCCACACAUUUCUCUGGGAAGGCAAGCUCUCCUGGUUUGAGCUGUGCUGUGAAGGUUGGUGAGAAGAGACAGAUGAACGAGUGCGGGGAAAGUUACAAUGCUGGAAACUGCAGUGCUCUACACAAGAACAAAACGGUUACCAGUGAUAGUGGAGAUGCAAGAGAAGAUUCUGAAAGCGUAAAGCAAGUCCAUGUGGUUGAUCUUUCUACUACUGAAGACCCAAUUUCAAAUGCCAUAAACCUGAAUCAGAAGAUGGAUAGGAAUCAAGAUACUCAAGUGGGAACAGUAGUGGAGAACUCUGAAGAUGUUGUUGACAAUAACAGAAGAGGAUUCAAUGAUAAUGGAGAUGCAGGAAGCAUUGCCAAAUAUCAUAAACACUCUGAAGAUGUUCUUGACAAGCCUGUAGAUAAUAACAGAAGAGGAUUCAAUGAUGAUGGAGAUGCAGCAGGAAGGCUAGAAGCGUCAGAAUGGGGGAAGCAACUAUGUGAGGCUGAUAGUCCUGAAGUAACAUUGCCUAAUGUCAUCAGCAACAAUCAAAAGUUGAAUGAAAAGAACAAAACCCCUGGUUUAUGUGAUUCAGGUUCAGGAGAUGAUGUACCAGUACAACCAAAGAUGUCUGAGUGUGCUGGUCUGAAGUUCAACGACUUUAAUAAACGGAGGGAAGAUGCAAAAUUUUCAGAAUGCCAGGCGUGGGCUCUCUAUGACAAAGCAGAUGGGAUGCCUAGACAGUACGCUCUAAUCAGAAAAGUUUCAUCUCCUUCCUUUGGCCUUAGGAUCACAUACUUAGAACCAGAUCCAGUUGACGAGAAAGAGAUCCAGUGGUUUGAAGAAGACCUGCCUGUUUCCGUUGGUAACUUCAGGUUUGGGAAAAACCAGAACACGAAAGACCUGUCCAUAUUCUCACAUGCCAUUCGUUGCCAAGGAAGCAUCAUGACCGGUAACUUCACAGUCUCCCCAAGAAAAGGCGAGACUUGGGCGUUAUUCAAGAACUGGGAUAUUAUCAACUGGUCUUCAGAGCCAGACUUUCACCGCAGUUACGAGUAUGACAUCGUUGAGAUCUUGUCUAACACCAGUGAUGAAGGAGUAUCUGUUGCAUUCUUGCACAAAGCAAAAGGCUUUGCAAGUGUCUUCUUCCGGAUGGGAGCUAGUGAAGCAGAAGUUAUUCAGAUUCCAUCUCACAGCUUAUACCGUUUCUCUCAUAUGAUCUCUUCCUUCAAAAUGAAAAGAGUUGACGUGAAAGGUGUGCCAAAAGAUGCUUACGAGCUGGACCAAGCUGCGUUACCUAAAGCAAUCGAAGAGAGAGUCGUCCCUUUACAUCUAUACGCAGAGACUAAACCGGAAGCUCUUUGCUUUCCCAAUAAGGGGAAGGUCUUUCAAACCGGCCAGAUCUGGUCGUUCUACAGUGGUUGUAAUGAUAGCUUGCCUCUCCACUACUGUAGGAUUCAGAAGAUCACUCUUGUACAAGCGUUUGAGGAAGAACCAGUGUUUAAACUACACGUGGGCCGGUUAAAGGCUAAGCCUUUCGAUGAGGAGGUGAUCCAGUGGGAGGACAAGAGAAUGCCUGUUGGUUGUGGGACUUUCUUGGUGAGGAGAAUCAACGAUGUGAUCACUGCAGAUGAUGUUUCACAUCAGAUAGUGCCUCAAAACUCGUUGGAUGGAAGUGAGUACACCGUUCUCCCCAAGAUUGGGGAAGUUUGGGCUGUGUACAGAUUCUGGACUUGCAAGAAAGAGUUCAAGGACGUGGGGUGCUGUGAGUAUGACAUUGUCGAAGUUCUUGAUGAUAACUUGGGGUACAAGGUUUUAGCGUUGGAGCAUGUGUUGUCUUCCAGUGAAGGUGGAGAGAAAAGGAUACUCUUUAGAGCAGCUGAGAGUAGGCAUCGUGAUUGUGACGAUGAGGAUGGGAGAGAAGUGAUAUUCACAAUCCCGAAGUCGAAAAUUCUGAGAUUCUCGCAUCAGGUUCCUGCUUCUCGAGUAACGGAGGAGAUGCAAGGAGAACUGAGAGAGGUUUUUGAAGUUGAUUAUAGAGCAUUACCUGCAAACGUGAGGAGGGCUCAAGAUCAUUGAGCAAAGGUAGUCGUGAAGGAAGGGUAGAAGGGAUGAUUGGACUCCUUUUUGUAAGCUUUUGGUGCAUUCUGUCAAAAGACCCCUCAGACUUACUUGAUGACUUUCUCUGUGGUUUAUGUAUGUUUUUCUUUUCUUUUGAUUGGUUCAAAUCCAUGACAAAUCAAUGUACUUUGAGAAGGUAGUAGUAAAAGACA